GCCGGUGGAUGGGGUUGCUCCGGGACCUCGCCUUUGGGGGGGGUGGGGAGCAACGCAAACGGGGUAAAUAAUUAAGCUACGUGGAUGAUUUAACCCGCAAACGGCAAUUUCCCUCCCCUGCGUCGUUCACAGCUGCUUUUCUUCUGGCAUACUGAGCGUUUCUGUUUCAUUGCCGCAGCUUUUUGGAGAGAAAGGUCGCCGAAGUGGGUGUUUAAAAAUAACGUGUGUUUUCAGAUCUUCCUGGCUACAGGGAAAUAGCCAAGCUUCCCAAGUACUCCUUGGAAAAUAAGCAAAAGCAGAAGAAAUCCGACAGCUGGACAGACAGCUCAGGUAGCUUCUCUGACCUGAAUGUAGGAGUGGGAGCAAGUCUAGUUUUCAAAAGUAGCCAUUUUUGGUCAAAUCCAAAAUGCUGCAAGAGGAGCAGGAGCGCAGCUCAGACAGCUUCCAGGCCGGGCAAAGUAAACAAUGUGCAAGGCCCCGUAGCGGCUUUCUAGUCCGCAAGAGUUCAGAGGUAUGAAGUAAAAAAUUAAACAAGUCUCUUUGUAAAGACUUAAAUAAUUUGUAUUUGGAUACAGCUGUCCUAGAUGGUUGACAAGAACAGGGAGAAGGCUUCCAAGCAUGUAUAGAAAGAGUGGAACAAGGUAUCUUCUCCAAACUGAUGCUUGGAAAAGAUGUGAAAGUAUGUCAGCUGUAAUAUCUGAGGUAGGAAAACUAAUGGAAAGAAAUGUGACAAUCUUAAAUUUUCCGUGCAGCACCAAGCAGCAGACCUUUAGAGAUGUAUCAGAAUGCUUAGCCAGGUUGUAUUUUCCUUGAUAAAACUUCAGAUUACAGGUUUGUUUUCCUGAUUACCCAGGAUUUGUUUACCAGUUACUCAGGAGAUCAGAGGCUGCAUGUACAGUUAAUGUACAGGUAGAGCUAAUGUAUACAGGUAAAAUGUUUUCGGUAACAAACAACUGUGAACAGAAUAGUUAAAUAGUUAAAAUAGAUUCCAAGGCACAGAAGCUGAGAUGGUUUAAUUUAAACUUUUUUGUUGUUUUUGUUAAACCAUUAAGAGGACUACUUAUAAAAUUACACAAGCAUUCAAAACAAUAAAAUGAAAGGUGGUUAUGCUUUUGGCAUCAUUUAGUUGAAGCUGCUGUUCACAGUAGCUUGUAUAUUGCAUGGAAAUCAGAACUUAUAAAAAAUAAGAGGAAGGAGUUACUAUUCAAACAGAAACAAAACACUUGAGGCAAUGCAAGCAUCAGCAGCUCCCCAGUCCUGAAUUUGAGUUUUCCAUGCGUUCAGAAGAACAAUUGUGUUAUGCUUUAAUGAUGCAGAUUUGUGAAACUUUUUGCAAUAUGCAAGGUGUCCUUUCUCUUGGAUUUUCCUUUUUAUCUUAAAUAAGUCUUUUACAAGUAGCUUUAAGCUAUUUGGUUAAAAAUGUGUUUCCCUAGUAGGUACGUUUUCUGUCUCUUGCUGUUUGUGAUGUCUGCUCUGGAAGACAAGCUUGUGACUUGAUGGAGUUUUGUAAUGUGGAAGAAAUUAUUUUUAAGACUUUAUAUUUUUCAUUAUACUGGAAGUCCAGUAAUGGUCAUAACCAACUUUUCUUGCGUCUGGGGGUUCGUAUGUAAGCGUAUACUUACUUGGGAGGGAAACUAUGAAAAACACUCAAUACCAGACUGAACUUCUCCCAGGGGUGCACUGUCAGCAUAAAAUUCACAUUUCUUUCUGAUUUUUCCUUAGUUAUUUUUUUGCUAAAUUUAAUUUUUAAGCUUAGAAUAAUUGAAAGAAAACUCCCAACAUGCCAACACCAUUACUAGAUGAAAGACAAAUUUCUCUAUUGUGCUGCUGUUUACUUUGUGAAAUGUGUUUUCUUUGUUUCCCUUCUUGAAGAAAGAGGUAGUUCUGUGUUGUGUGAACAACCCAGGCAAGCUGCAUAACUGAAACUGGGAAAAUGUGGCUGAAAACCUGUCCAGAGUGGGCAAUACUGGGUACUACUACAGUCAGCCUUGAAAAAAAUACUAGGUUUUGAGCUGUUAAUACUUUUCAGAAGGUGUCUUAAUUGAAGGAGGUUUGAUGCAUCUGUUCUUUAACAUGAGGGUGACCUUUAAAGCCUGCUAAAAUUCACAAAUGGAAUUUUUUUGUCGAUGCUUCUGGAUUUGCAUCAAGCUCUAAAACAAGUUUCACAGCUGUUGUGAAAACUCUAACCAUUUGCCAGUUAUCAGUUGCUGUGUAUUGUAGGGGUAAGAACCUCUGUUAAGUCUCACUUCCUUUUUGUUUGAUGCUAAAAGUAGGAACCCCAAUAACCCUCAGUUUGGUUUUGCUAUUUUAAGCUCACAUUCAAAAGAAGUAUGAGUACAUGGAAGAACAGCAGACCUCAUGAAAAUGAGUAAGUGUGUUUUCCUUGACACCUGCUUCUCCACGUGAAACCUGGAGUUGCUGGUCUUGUUCUAAUGAAGAAUCGGGUUACAGUGCUUAUCAGAAAGUACACAAAAAUGUUGUUCAAAACAAGCAGUUUAGCUUUUCAGAGGUCACCAAAUGUUUUUCUUAGCUACGGUUAUGUACAAUUUUGCAAUUUAUGAUUCUCUGCACUCUGAUUUUUUCUUAAUUUAAUGGCACACCCAAGUGGCCAAACAAAGGCAUAUCACUCUAGAUUGGCAGCAAGUUACCUGCACUGAAACUGCUAAGACCCAGAAUUUUUAUGCUUUGAAUAUAGUUGCCAAUAAACAAAAACUUACUGGUUAAGCAAGUGCUUUUCUGCCAAGCUCCAAGGCACAAUCUUUUAAAGAAUUAUGGUUUCAUGUUUGGAACAAAAGUCUGGAAGUUGGACAAUCUGGAUUCUAUUUGCAGAUCUGCCACAGCCUUUAUUCCAUGCCUCUAGUGAAAUAUCUUGAGAUCUGGAUUUGAGAGGUGCACUGGGAGUUCAUAUAGGAUCCCCUCUCUCUUGGAGUUCGUCUUAUUUUAAAAUAAACUUAAAAGCUGCCACUUUUGCAAAGUCAGAGUUCUGAACUGUAACUUACUGCUACUAUUUUAGGAGUUCAGUGCUAAGCAAUAGCACACCCAAUUUACAUAGAGUUAUAAAUAAUAAUUUUUUUUUCAUCUUUUUAUAGAAAGCGUGACUAUGAAGGGUUUCUGUGUUCUCUGCUGUUGCCUGCGGAAUCUCGAACGUCUGCUUUUGCCUUGAGAGCCUUCAAUGUGGAACUGGCUCAGGCAGGUGGCCAGAAACUGCCAAUGCAACCAGGGAAGUUGGUAAUGCUUGCCAGAAAGGAGCGAUCCAGGAAAUCUGCUGACCAAGUAAAAUCCCAGAUCAGCUUCUGUGGACUGUGCUUCUGGCAACCUGUGCUGCUGCCCUCCCUCGCUGCUGUUACCACUGCUGCUUUUCCUUCUGGGAAGAAAGCUAAGGCGAGGGUUGCACAGGACUUAAUCUCCAUGGGUUUCAAAGUCAGAUUAAAGAUUCCAUAACUCAGAAGACUAUAGGUUUGAUGCGAAUGCAGUUCUGGAGGGAGGCUGUGGAAAAUAUAUACUGCGAUAACCCACCACAUCAGCCAGUUGCUACAGAGCUGUGGAGGGCUGUCAAGAGGCAUAACUUGACUAAAAUGUGGUUUAUGAAGAUCAUUGAUGAAAGAGAGAAGAACUUGGAUGAUAGAGCAUACUGCAACAUCCAGGAGCUUGAAACGUAUGCGGAGAACACUCAGAGUGCUCUCUUGUACCUCACCUUGGAAAUGCUGGGUGUGAGGGACAUCCAUGCUGACCAUGCAGCCAGUCACAUUGGGAAAGCACAAGGCAUAGUUACCUGUUUGAGAGCAACUCCGUAUCACAGUACAAGACAAAAGGUCUUUCUUCCCAUGGACAUUUGUAUGUUGCAUGGAGUUUCACAAGAGGAUUUCAUAAGAGGCAAGCAAGAGAAAAAUGUGAGAGAUGUAAUUUAUGACAUUGCCAGCCAGGCCCAUAUUCAUCUAGAACAUGCUAGAUCUUUCAGUAAGAAAGUUCCUGUGAAGGCAUAUCCUGCUUUUUUCUGUACGGUUGCUUUAGAUGAUUAUUUAUGUAAUUUGCGAAAAGUGGACUUUAAUAUAUUUCAUCCAAGCUUACAAAAGAAGAGUACGUUAUUACCACUGCAUUUAUAUAUUAGAUCUUGGAAAAAAACAUAUUAA